AUGGAAGCGCCAGCAGCGGCGCUUUCCUCCACCCCGGCCAGGAGGAGGGGGGGGGCGCCGGGGGAGCAGACGCCAGCCAUGCAGCGGCUGCCAGACCACGACUGCAGCAGCAGUGACAGUGACGACGGAGAAACAACACAGGAUGAAGUUUCUUCCCAUACGUCUGAGGAGGACGGCUCAGUGAGGAAAGUGAAAAAGGAAUUAGAGCGUGCAGACCAACCCGUGGCUGGCAGCCCACCGGUGAGAGAGAACAAGGCACCUGAGAGUUUGCGUGCUGACCCCAUGCUGGGGCUGUCACAGUGUCCCCUCUGCCAGCUGGAGUGCGGAAGCAGAGAGCAGCUCAUUGCUCACGUCUACCAGCACACUGCAGCUGUGGUGAGCGCCAAGAGCUACAUGUGUCCAGUAUGCGGCAGAGCCCUCAGCUCACCGGGAUCUCUUGGUCGACAUCUCCUGAUCCACUCAGAGGACCAGCUGUCCAACUGUGCAGUAUGCGGAGCACGCUUCACCAGCCACGCCACGUUCAACAGCGAGAAGCUGCCGGAGGUGCUCAGCGCAGAACACCUGCCCUUGCCGCAGAGCGAGGGACCCUCUGGGGUCAAGGGCAAGGACAUGGCUUUUCAUGCCCCCGUGUAUCCCGCGGGCAUUCUCCUCGUGUGCAACAACUGUGCAGCUUACCGAAAGCUGCUGGAGGCGCAGGCACCCGGCGUGCGCAAGUGGGCGCUUCGUCGGCAGAACGAGCCCCUGGAAGUGCGGCUGCAGCGCUUGGAGCGGGAACGCACAGCCAAGAAGAGCCGCCGGGACAACGAGACGCCGGAGGAGCGGGAAGUGAGGCGCAUGCGGGACCGAGAGGCCAAGCGGCUGCAGCGAAUGCAGGAGACAGACGAACAGAGGGCGAGGCGGCUGCAGCGGGACCGGGAAGCCAUGCGGCUGAAACCCCCAGAUAAGCGGCAGGCCCGGCUCAUCCGGGAGCGCGAGGCCAAGCGGCUCAAGCGGCGCCUGGAGAAAAUGGACAUGAUGCUCCGGGCACAGUUUGGCCAGGACCCCUCUGCCAUGGCAGCUUUGGCAGCUGAGAUGAACUUUUUCCAGCUGCCAGUGAGCAAUGUUGAGCUGGAGAGCCAGCUGCUGGGCAAAAUGGCCUUUGAGGAGCAGAACAGCAGCGGCCUGCACUGAGCCGCGGGUCAA